AUGGAUCCUUUGCCGACGACUGAACGGACCGUGUUCGGCAACACCCGAGGAUGCUUUGUUUACUGCUAUCCCUCCACUGGUGGGGUUCUCAUCAAAGAGGCUGACCUUCUCGACAUGCUUUUCCUAUCGCUCCCCCGCUCCCACGUAUCGCACCGGUCAUCUAGUGCCGAAGAAGAGGACAAAUUCUGUAAUCUCUUGCGACGGAUUGGUGCAACUUGGUGGCCGAGUAAGGAGGAUGAGAUAGAAGUGCUGGUUGGCAUGAGGGAGGCCACGGAGGAAGAAGAAAAGGUGGUAGUAUUUGGUUGGCCGACGGAUGGAGUUGGUGUGUGGGUGUUGAGGUAUAAGAGUGACAGGGAAAUGCCAAGAGAUUUUGGGAGGAUCAGUUUAGCGAUGAAUAUGGAGGAAAAGAUACAGAUGAUGAAAGAGUAUGGUGCUACUUUUAUGGAAGAUGUCACACAGGUGAAGGAACUUUAUGAUACCAGUGGCUAG